AAAUAAAAUUCUAUGAAUAAGUCUUGACUUGUCGCGACUCGCGUUAAACAAAUGAAGUAAAAAACCAAACAACGUAACCUAAUGAUAAUAAUAAGUUAUUUUAGUUAACAGUAAACACAAAUCUAUUGCAUUUACAUGGAUGUGUAUAAAUAAACAAUCGUUUCAUUCGCAAACAUUUCAACGCAGAAACUUUCUACAGUGAGAUCAGAUCCCCGACAACAAUCAUCAUUAUUGCCGUCAUAAAAGGCCAUCAUCAACGGGAAAAAUUAGCAUCAGCGCUCUCAAGAUGGUUAUACCUCCACCACCGGGACCACCUCCCCCACCGGGGCCACCACCUCCCCCAGCCAUGGGCAACUUGAAACUAGGUGGUGGCGGAGGUGAACAAGCACGAUCCGCCCUAUUGCAAUCUAUACAAAAGGGCAAAACGUUAAGACCUACCGUAACAGUGGAUAAGAGUGGACCUGCCCUGUCUGGUAAAAUAUGCGGCAGUACUGGUGCCGGCAGUACUGGUUCCAGCAGUGGUGGCUCACCCAAACGGCAGGUUAUUGGCGGUGCCAGCAAUAAUAUUGGCAAUGGUGGUCCGAAAUUGGGUGGUUUAUUCGAGGGAAUGUCUUCAAUGCCCAAGUUAAAACCAGUCAAUGGCAGCAGAAGUACGGCAGUCACUUCAUCUGGAAAUGUACGCAGUACUAGUCCUCCACCGGUGGCAACAUCGAACACAUCAACGAACAAUACUCCAAUGGACUUUAAUGCUGAACUCACGAAACAUUUAACACUUAAACGACAAAAACAGCAACAAUCAACAACUGGCUCCACGCCGCAUAUCAAUGCAACUGAAGCAAACUUUAAAACAAACAGAGGACCACCGCCACAGCCACCAACUCAGCCGCCCAAAAAUGUGUCCACGAGCACUUCCGAUUCCAUUCUGGAGAAGAAUAAAACUAACUCACGUUCAACUAUACUCUCCAAUAACGACACAUCGAAGCAAUCUCUUCCACCCACAUCAUCAGAAAUGAACAGCAAAUUGAUGAAACAAAUAAACACUGGAGGAAGUGUUAGAAGCAAAGCCGCAAAUCUAAAUUUGACUUUAGGGAAUAAUAAUGUAUUUGUAAAUAAUAAUAACAACGAAAAUAAUACAAAAACAUCAUCCCUAAACACAACAAACUUUUCAAACAACAACAACAACAACCACGCCACCAAUAGUUCAUCUUCAUUGGCAUCAUCAACGGCAACAUCGGGAUCAUUGCGUAGCCUAGCACCCAAUAAGUCAUCAUUGUUUGGCAAUAAUGCGGCGGGCCAAAGCGGAGGGGGCAGCAGUACUAGUCCAUCGGCAUCUGCUUCCCCAUCACCGCCCACCAAAUCACCAUUGUUGCCUUCAAUGAAGCCAAAUCAUGGCAAACCGAAUUUUGCCCCAAAACCUCCAGGCCUGCAGCAAUUGACCAGCCAAAGACCGGCAGUAGCACGACAUCAUAGUAUGAAGUCACCAAGGUCGCCACCCAUAACAGCUGGUGCAGGGGCAGGUCCGGUGUUUCCCCCGCAGCAACAUUUUGGUACUAUGCGCACACCCUUAGCACAAUCCCAUGAAGCCAUUAAUUCGGGUCUAAGAUCUGCUCCACAACCUCCAAUUGGACGACCCACAGUUGCUCCCCCCAAACCGCCCAACGUUAAGCCACCUCCACCGCCAACACCAGCUCGCAGUACUUCAAAUUCCAAUUUAAACCUAUUUGCUUCCACAAAUUCGGGUUCGAACUCCAUGUCUUCGGCUCCUGUAAGUGCCAUUAACUCGGCUCUCAUAUCAUCUGCUACAAGUGUGAAUUCCUCACCGUCUUCAACUCAACCGCCGUCAAACUCCUCAUCUACGCAUAGUGUUUCGGCUCUGCGUGAUCAGUAUCGAACGGGCGCAAAUGCGACUCCGCCACCUCCUCCACCACCAUCUACAACAGCAAUGUCUCCCCCUGCAAAGUCUUCGAGUAGCCCGUUAAGUAGUAAAUCAACGAAACCCAUUAUAUUAAAUGGCGGACCCAUAAAUGCCCCUCCAUUACCACCUCAUAGAACGUGUCCAGCACCACCGCCGCCUCAGAGACAAACAAGUAACAAUUCAAGUGGAGCACCCCCAGUACCACCUCAGCGUCAUUCUUCUAUACGAGCUAGUGCACCACUGACACCACCGGCUGGUGGCAACACGGCUCCCCCCUUCGGUAAUAGCAAUGCAAAUGCCGUUAGUCGCUUAGUCAUUGACUUGGAAUCGAAGUUCGGCAAACGUUUUCACAACGUAACCGAGUUUCCCAAACCGCCACCAUUUUUAAAUAUUGAAAAAGUGUUUCCUCGCCGAACAGUCAAAGCAACAAAUGUUACGGCAACCAAUAACAAUAACAUCUCUGCUGAUAACAAUAAUACAAAUACGAACAUUACACCCACUGCUACGACUACAACAAAGCCCUUGCAGCCCGCCGGUUAUCAACCAUUCAAAAAGCAUAGAGCUCCAGCUCCUCCACCACCACCACAGGCAGGAGUAGCCGCGGCCACAGUGUCGGUUAUAAGACAAUCCAGUUUCCUUUAUGGUGCUGCAGGAAUUGGACAACAAAAUAUCCACUAAGUAUCUACAUAUGUUGUAUGUUAUUGUAUUCUGCCUAGCUAGUCUAAUGUAAGUUACAUACAUAUGUCUAUUGUAGUUUAGUCAAGAGAGUCAAAGCGAAUAGAGGAAAUUCCUUAAUAAAUGUCCACAUCUGUGGAAAGUUCAUUAAGUGAAUAAUAAGUUCUAUUUUGAUUAACAAGUGCUAACUUUUGACAUGUAGACCCAUUAAUCUUUUAGCCAUACAGUUCUAGUCUACAUUGAUAUAUUAAUUAUAUAAAACAUUAUUAUGUUUUCGAUAGUAGUGUUGUAUUAAUUGUAACGUAAACGUGUAAAUCAAAUGAAUUGUUAAAGACUUUUAUAUUAUUGAUGAUUAUUCUAUUCUAUAAUAACUAAAUUAAUAAUUAUACACCCAUACAUAUAAACACAUAUAUACAGUAUUCAAAAGAUCAAUUGCCUUUACCAAAAAACAAAAUGUAUAUUUUAUAUGUAAAACCAUGCCCCCAUAUCUAUACAAAUAUGAAUACAUGUGUGUACGUUACAACACGUUAUCCAAUGGAAAAUGAGUAUAAUUAUAAUUCAUUGCAAAAAGCCCAUGAACUCUAUAUAAUCGUAUAUAGCACAAUUAGAAAAUAAAUAUCAAAUACAUAGCACAAAAUUCUCAAUAAAAUACAAUACAAUACAACAAGUUAGUGCAAUUUCAAGUCCAAAAAACAACAAAAAUAGCCAAUCGAAGCAAUAUUUCAUAAGUUGCAAAAUUGUAUUAAAAAUCUUAAGUAGGCCGACAGAUGGCAGUCGCAGUUAUGAUUAAAAAAAAGUAACUAAAUACGACAUAUUCCAGCGUGGACAUAUUUAUAUAUUCAUUCCAUUAGUAAAUUGUGCAAAAAUUAUAAAGUUGGUAAUAAUAUAACUAGCCGAUGGUGACAUCAAGAUUCUUUAGAGGAGAUGACAUUUUUAUGUCAACAGUAACUAAAAUGUUAAGGCCUGGUUAAGCUCUCGUAAACAUACCGUAAAUGCAUGGCGAAACAAUUAAAGGUGGUCCCAUUUGUACAACAAACACAAAUCAUGUGGUGCAAUCCGCCAUCAAGCUGGUCGUCGUUUUGCCAACACACGCAAACAAAUAUGUGUGCUUGUGUCUAUACGUAUGCGUGCAUGAGCGAAAAA